GAGACGACCAAACUGAAGAGGAUCAGAGAAGCAAAAACACCGUCAGAGGGAAGGACUGAAAUACAAGAGAGGAAGAGGUGGAGAAAGAGGAGGAGGCACCAAACCACCCACAGAGAGAAGCCUUCCUCACUGUUUGGAAACUCACUCUGUGUUUAUGUCUGCGGACGGAAAAUGAAGUGAAGAGAGAAAGAAAAGAAGGAAAAAGACGCUGCGAAACAGAAGAAGUUUCAUCUGUUGAGUCGAAGAAGAGAUCAGAACGAGUUCUUCAAACUUCUUUCUUUCAAACCUAAUUCAAGUUGAGCUGAUCUGAGAGGAGCAGACUUACAGCAGUGCAUCAUGGGAACACCUUGAGUCCAUAGAGACACAGACCUGAACGCCUUCGUCCUCUGGUUCCACCUCCACCCAGCAUGCUGGGCAGGUUCUCCCAGGGAAGGAGCUCUCCGGGUGGGGCAGGUGGGCUGCCGCUGCUCCCCCUGCUCCUGGGGCUGAUGGCGAUGAUGACGACGGCGGUGGUGAUGAAGACGGAGGCAGCGAGCGCCGAAGAGCUGGAGAGCGAGGAGAGUCAGGAGAUUCUGGAGGAGGAGGAGGGCAUCAGCGCUGAGAUCCAGGAGCCGCUGUCCUCCGAUCUGUCCAGAGUGACUCCUUUCAAAUCCUGGUCGAUCUUCAGAAGAAACUCCAACAAGGGGGACAACCGCAGAACCAAAGGGUCCAGGAGAACCUCCAAGCAUGGUCUUCCAGGCCCUCCAGGCCCUCCAGGACCUCAGGGGCCUCCAGGGCCCCCCGCCCCCCUACUGCCACAACAACAGGAGCUCAUCCAGGAGCUGCAGCUAAAAGUGAGAGACAUGGCAGCAGGAGUGUGUCUGCUGUGUGAUCGUCCUCCUCGUGUCUCCACCUCCUUCCUCAGUCGCCUCCUGCAGCCCGUCAGCGUCCCUCGCCGCAGCCUGCUGGAGCUGCAGCCCUUCGGCCAGCCCUCGGACUCAGAGCGGAGCCUCCAGAGGGGUCAGAGCUUCAACACCAGCACCGGCCGAUACACGCCGGCCGUCUCCGGCUUCUACCAGCUCACCGCCAGCCUCCUGAUAGAGUCCGGAGACAGAGUCCAGGUCCGGAUCAGAGACAGCGUGAGAGCGGCCAUCUGCAUCGAGUCGCUCUGCCAGAGCAACCUCUCUGUAGAGUCUGUGAUGGGCGUGGCGGCCGCUGGAGGAACAUUCAGCAUCCUGCUGACAGGAACGCUCUUUCUGCAGGCUGGAGAGUACGUGUCGGUGUUUGUGGACAACGCCACCGGCUCGGCCAUCAGCGUCCUGCAGGACUCGAUGUUCUCCGGGAUCCUGCUGGGAGUCUGAACCACAACACAAACGCCGUCCUCCGAAUCCUCCAUCACCUGAUGGCCGGGACUCCAACCUGGUACCAGCACACCUGGAUCGGGGGGGGGGGGCAAUCAGGCUCUCAGACAGGAAGUACAGCAUGUUUGUUUGUCCGAGCUUCUACAUGUUCUUUAAAAUCCCCUCUGCGACGCGUCAGAAGUCAAAAUGUCUCCUGAGAGCUGAAUUAAAACAAACUGCUUUUGUACGUGGAGGGUUUCCUCGCCACUUCACCGCAGCCCGUGUUCCUGAAAGCUUUGAUUCAAGCAGCUUCGAUGCUAAAGAGUUGCCGGUACUGUGUUUUUUUUUUCUACGAGGGCCGUGAAAGGCCGAACAAACACUAAACGCUGAACCUGCAAAUAUAAACCAUCAGCUGACCAGAAGACGUGUCCUUCUACAAACACCUGACACAUGACUGCCUGUUUGACUUUAAUAUUAAUAUUUAUUCUCUGGUUGUGAAUAAUUCUGAUAAUAAAAGCUUUCUACUCGCUGUCA